CCUUCUGAUUAUAUUUUUCAGAUAUGAAUUAUUUGCGAAAUUAUCGGUUGUUUUCUUCAUCAGCUGUGCGCAGUGUCAGGGUUCCCAAGGAGAUGAUCAAGCAUCCAAAGCAUCCUUCAUACGAAGAAACUGAAUAUGAACCAGGAACCCAUAUGGAUAUUACCAGAAAUGUUUUAGGAAAUUGGCCUAAGCGUUUGGCUAGACCAAUUAUUCCCGUUCAAUACUUGUUCAAAGGAGAUUAUGUUUAUAUUCAUUAUGGCAAAGACAAGGGCAAAAGAGGGGUAGUUGCGCAGGUUCUACAGAAAGAGUCGAAAGUUUUCGUAGCGGGUAAAAACUGCAAAUGGGAGCAGCUAAAUUUGGGCGCCCAAACACAAUGGAACAAAAUAGAGGAACCGCUUCUGAUGCAACAUGUCAGUCUUUUGGAUCCAGAGCUGAAAGAACCAACUCCUGUUGAUUUCAAGUAUAACGAGCUCGGCGAGUUAGUGAGAGUGUCACGCUCAACUGGUCGCAUCAUUCCUUACCCAGAAGUGGAAAGCAAUCCGGUCCAGGAAGACAGUUCCAAAGACACGCCUAAAGAAUUGUGCGAAGAGAAAACAUACAAAAUGGAAUUGGAUACAUUUGAGGACAGUGUCCUGAAAGCCCAUGGCCUAGAAGAUGAAAUUGAAUUGAAAAAGCGGAAACAUCCCACUUGGUUUUAUUGAAAUUUUUUGUAUUGCUGAUCAAGCAUGUUAAUAGUGAAAUUAUGGAAAGAAUGUUAUCUUUUGAAGAUAUUUUGGGACUAGU